AUGUCCGAAACCAUCGAUGCGCUCGUCUCACGAGGCUUUCGCGAUGCUGGAUACAAAUUCUUCCAAAUCGACUGCGGCUGGCAAUCCCUCAACGGGACGCGGGGCUCCAUCAAUUCCUUUGGCGCCAUCGAUUACGACCAGCAAAAUUUUCCGCAAGGCAUCCGUCCCAUUUCUGACAAAGCUCGUCAGAAUGGCUUCACCUUCUCCAUGUACUCUGAUGCGGGAGUGAGGUCCUGCGAUAGCAUCGUACCUAGCAAGCGUCUGGGAAGUUAUGGCCAUGAAGCCGCAGACGCCAAGCAAUUCGCUGACUGGAACGUCGAGUAUGUCAAAUGUGAGUUCAGGCACACCUCUGCAGAGCCUGCUCAUAUCCACCACCGUGUAUGCCCACCUGACACGAUCUGCUAUCGACGAUCUAGACGACUACUGCUAUCCCGACUCUCCCGACCCUUCCAACAAUGCACCCAAGGAUCCCCGCACCGACUUCGUCGAUCGGUACCGAACCAUGUGGAACGCGCUGCAAACCAACAAGAUCUAUCGAAUGCUAGUGUGUCAAUGGGGAACCCCGUUCCGCUCUUCUUCGGGAAAUUUGCAAGGUCCAUCUCAAUGGACCGAUCCCGUCUCCACCUCUUUUCGCCUGUCGGACGACAUCAACAAAGACUGGGCCGCAGUGACUCGAAUCAUCAAUCAGUCCAUCCACAUUGCCAAUUCUGGCAUCACGGGCAAGGGUCACUUUGCGGAUGCCGAUAUGUUGGAAGUGGGCGCAAAGGAACUAACGAUUGAUGAGCAAGCUUCUCACUUUGCUUAUUGGGCAAUGGCAAAGUCUGCGUUGAUGAUCGGCAGCAACGUCGCUAGCAUGCCUGAUGCUUCUCUGCGCAUCCUGCAGAACAAAGCCCUGAUCGCCAUCAAUCAAGAUGCUCUAGCAAAGCCCGUCAAGCUGGUACAACGAUGGACUGGCGAUCGCGACCUGUUCAGAGGUCCACUGCAGAAUGGGGACGAAGCGGUGCUGCUAAUCAACUUGCGCAAUCAAGCCAGAAACGAUCUGAGCAUCGACUUGGCCAAAUCUCUCGGUAUUCAAAGCGCCACCAUCGAGAAUUUGUGGACCGGUCAAAAGAAGACGGGCGCGAUGGGAGUAUACUCGGUCGGUAGUUUGGGCGCUCGAGGAUCUGCGCCUCUUCGACUGAGCAACAUUCAGCGCAUAGCCACACCCAACGUCGAGGUGAUCUGGAGCGAAGCUGAGUCUGCCUCGUUGAGCGGCGGCGCAAGCUCGGCUUCGUGCUCCGGCUGCUCUGGAGGUACAAAGGUAGGCAAUGUAGGUAAUGGAGGCGCAGUGACUUUCAACAACGUCGUAGCAAAGAGCACCACCUCUACGCUCCUCUUCGACUACAUCAAUGCCGACAUUGGUUAUUUGGCAGGUCAAGGUCAAAAUGCUAGGAGCUUAUCCAUCUCCGUCAAUGGUGCAGCGGCACAAAACAUCGAUCUGCCCAUCAGCGGAUACGAUUGGAGCGCUGAUGUGGCCAAGAAUUUCAGAGUGGAAUUAAAAGGUUUCAAGCAGGGCAACGGCAACACCCUGACACUAUCCAAUCCUUCCAGCUUUGGCCCGGAUAUCGAUAGGGUGGGCGUCAUACAAGCCUAA